GCACCGUUGCCAAACAAUGGGCAGGGAAAAGCCACGUUGACGAAGUCGACAGUAGUCUGCGUUGUUUUUCAUCCAGGAAACAGGAGAAUUGUUUUUAUUUUGAAGACUACGAAGCGACUCUUUGGAAGAAGCGCUUGACAGCAGUCAUGUCAUCGCCGCCCAAAGAGAAAACCGAGACCAAAGCUGGACAUCUUCCUGCUGUGAAAGUUGGAGGAGGCAUGAGGAUAGUUCAGAAGCACCAGUCUGCAAAUGAAGUGCCAGACAAGAAGAAUGACAAAGACAGUGAAGAAUAUGAGACCGAGAUCCCACCAAAGAUGCAUGUUGUGGUCUCGGGAGUCGUCACUAAGGGAGAUAAAGACUUCACCCCUGCUGCUGCCCAGGUGGCCCAUCAGAAACCUGUGCCUUCGGUACAGAAGCUUCCUGGGCCUCAUCACAUCAACCAGCACAUCCACCAGCCUCGGAAGUGAGGCCUUAACCCAGCUGUAGACCACCACGGGCACGGGGCCAGGACCACACCACCCCAAACACCUGCUCAGGUUCCCAGGGAUCUUUUGCCAUCAAGCAUUCCGUACGCCCCCCCCCAUUCCGUAUGUGCCUGCAAGCGUCCUGUUUCGACCAGUAUCAUGACAAACGUUCCUAUCUCUCUAGCCUGUAAAUCAUUGCAACACUAAAGGCUCCAUUGCCAAUCACUAAUCAGAAACAUGCUAAUUCCGUGGGUUCAUUUCAUGAGGGAUAUGUGGAACUGUGUUUUAAUUUUGUUUUACAUGAAUAGUUCCAGAGAGAUGUAAAUUGUAUAAAUCAUUUUUUUGAACUCGGUGAAUGUUGUAUAUUAGGCAUUAGGUACUAGGUGUGGUUAUCUAAAUAAAGAGUUAAUAUAAAACCAUGCACGGCUUUUUGCUCUUAAAAACAAAUUCAUUGCUACAAUUCCAUUACCUGAUGCAAAUAUCAAUGCUUUUACAAAUAGGUAGUGACAUGUAAAGCUGAAAUCAUCUACAAAAUAAUUUUACGUGGUUCAAUUUAAAUGAAUUGCUAAAAGUUGUUAUGGAGAGUAAAAAGGACAGUUUGUUUGCGUUUAAAAAACAUUCAUAUGCUAGAAUUGCAUAUCCUUAAAAAAAAUAGUGCUUGCGAGACAGUAUAUGAAUAGUGUGAUCAUCGAUUCCAGUCAGUAUGUGUAUGUGUGUGUAUAUAUAUAUAUAUAUAUUACACAUGCACACACAUUUACUUCUUAUACAUUUUGGGGAAAUUUGCGAAGAAUAAAAAGUAGAGGGAUUUCAGUACUCUUGUUAGAAUUGCAUUUCCAGAAGAAAAAUAAUCAGUAGAAGGUAGUAGUUACAAGAAAGAAUUGAUCAAAUUAAUGCCGUUUUAGUUGUCUAUGUUUAUGACAGUGGUUUGAGCUGAAUAAACUGAAUUUGUGGCAAGUAAAAAGUAGAGGGAUUUCAAUACUUGCAUUGCAAGCACUGUAAUAAAAAAAUCAAACAAUU